AUGUCACAAUUCAGAGCCAAGAAGCUCGAUAUCGCGGGUUUUAUCAACCCCCGCGUCGUCCGCGAUCACACCAAGCGCAAAGUUUUCGAGCAGUAUGAGCCGGACCGUCAAGCUCUCCGCUACAUCAUCCGCAACACAACACUCCCCCAGCGUGUCCGCGCCCAGGCUCAAUUGCAGCUCUCCCAAAUGCACGCCUACACCCGCUCCACCCAGAUCAAGAACCGAUGCGUAGCAGGAGGUACAGCCAGGAGUAUUAUUCGGGACUUCAGAAUCGGAAGAUACCAAUUCCGUACACAGGCUCUCGCGGGUGAAUUACCAGGAGUCAAGAAGGCUAGUUGGUAA